GAAGCUACUGUGCAUCUCGCACUUCGUCGUUAUUUUCCAAAUUAUCAUAUCAAAGACAGAGAAAACGAGAGAAAAUUAACUGAGAUAGUGUGUGAAUCUCAUCGGCGUUUCAAUCUGAUUAUCGGUGAUUGUCUGUUCGUGUCGAAUCUCGCUGAUUUGAGUAUAUUUUACCGGAGAAAUAGAAAGUACAGAGAGUGUGCGUAUGUGUUCGUGUUAAGAGGAAUCUCGCUCUUGUUCAAUAUGUGUAUUUCUGGAUGUAAUGGAUGAUAGUGAAGAGAUUGCAUUUUAUAAGGAGUUUGCAUAGAAUCCGUGAUGUUAUCGUUGUGAAUCUGGAGUAUCGGAUCCAUCGGUGUGUUACUUCUGACGGAUUUCAUUGUGAAUUCGGUCAAACAAGAUUUGCAGAAAAUGAACGGAGGAGAAAAAGAUGCGGCUGGUCCCGCUGAAAAGCUGCAACCGCUGGAGUGGAAAUUCUCUCAGGUUUUUGGCGAACGGUCUGCAGGGGAGGAAGUGCAGGAAGUUGAUAUUAUUUCUGCCAUUGAAUUUGAUAAAACCGGGGAUCACCUUGUCACUGGAGAUCGUGGAGGUCGGGUUGUUUUAUUUGAAAGAACUGAUGCAAGAUAUCAUGGUGGAAAUCGGAGAGAUCUAGAGAGGAUGGAUUACUCAAUCAGUAGGCAUCCUGAGUUCCGCUAUAAGACAGAGUUUCAAAGCCAUGAGCCUGAGUUUGAUUAUCUCAAGAGCUUGGAAAUUGAGGAGAAAAUCAAUAAAAUUAGAUGGUGUCAGUCAGCCAAUGGCGCCCUAUUUCUUCUCUCGACUAAUGACAAAACCAUCAAAUUUUGGAAGGUUCAAGAGAAGAAGGUUAAGAAAAUAUGUGACAUGAACGUGGACCUUGUGAAAGCUGCAGGAAAUGGUCCUAUUGCAGGUUCGAGUACGUCAACCCUCUCGAAACCAUGUAUUGCAAAUGGAGAAUGCACAGAGAAACUCAUUGGUCGUUCAAGCACUGAUUUUGAGUUUCCAUCCGGGGGUAUCCCAUCUUUGCGUUUGCCUACGGUAGUGACUAGUCAUGAGAUGAGCCUUGUGGCAAGGUGUCGAAGAAUAUAUGCCCAUGCCCACGACUAUCACAUCAAUUCCAUUUCUAAUAACAGUGAUGGAGAGACUUUUAUAUCGGCUGAUGAUUUGCGAAUAAAUCUUUGGAACUUGGAAAUUAGCAAUCAGAGUUUUAAUAUUGUUGAUGUGAAGCCUGCAAACAUGGAGGAUCUGACUGAGGUGAUAACUUCGGCAGAAUUUCACCCUACCCACUGCAACACGUUAGCAUAUAGUAGUUCGAAAGGCUCAAUCCGACUGAUUGAUCUGCGACAAUCGGCUCUAUGUGACAGUCAUAGCAAAUUGUUUGAGCAGCCGGAGGUGCCUGGCACGAGGUCCUUUUUCACCGAAAUAAUUGCCUCAAUCUCGGAUGUAAAGUUUUCCAAAGAUGGAAGACAUUUACUUAGUCGUGACUACAUGACUCUCAAGUUAUGGGACAUAAAUAUGGAUUCUGGGCCUGUUGCAACUUUCCAGGUUCAUGAAUACUUGAGACCUAAGCUCUGUGAUUUGUAUGAAAAUGAUUCUAUCUUUGACAAGUUUGAGUGUUGUCUUAGUGGAGAUGGACUUCAAGUUGCAACUGGCUCCUACAGCAAUCUGUUCCGUGUGUUUGGUUGUUCCCAAGGAAGCACAGAAGCAACGACUUUGGAAGCCAGCAAAAAUCCCAUGAGGAAGCAAGUCCAAACACCAUCAAGGCCUGCUAGAUCUCUGGGCAAUCUAUCUCGUGGUUUCAGGCGAGGUGCGGAUAACUCUGGAGUUGAUUCAAAUGGGAAUGCUUAUGAUUUCUCAACGAAGCUGCUACAUCUGGCAUGGCAUCCAACUGAAAACUCACUUGCGUGUGCUGCCUCAAACAGCCUUUAUAUGUAUUAUGCAUAAGUUGAUUCGGGACGGAAUUCUUUUUUUCUUGGAAAAGCUCAGAUCAUCGCCUCUAUGGAAGAUCAUUGCCCUGCUUCCUCAGCAAGUGAGGUGGGAGUUGUGCAAUUAUCAGACUCCCAUUAGAAUUCUAGCUACAGGCGAACAUUUACAACCUGGAGGUGCCGUUCCUUGAAGUAUGCGUAUGUAUUGUCUGUCCUCGACCAUUGUGCAUGAGAGUUUGUUACCAUUAAAAUUUUAGCUCAUUUUAACAAUGAGGUUCGAUGUUGCUCUUGUUGAAUUAUCUAGGAAGGCCUCGGCGUUUGUACCAGGCUGGCAGGGUCUUACUGAUUAUAUUCUUUCAUUAAGAAGAUGCAAUCCUUUAUAUUAUUUUGGUUAGGUAAAAAAACGACGCCGUCUUAGCUCCCCAACAAUUGGAACAAAAGCUUCUAAUUAGUGAUGCUUCGCCGCUGCGGGGUUGAAAGCCUGAAUGUGGGAGGGGAAACUGUUUGAUGCAUCAAUUCACAUUGAUACUUAGGGCUUCAAAUGUGUACAAUUUCGACUUAAAAUUCAAUUCUUGUGAUACUUAAA